GCUUCUUUCUGUGUCUGUGUGUGAGUGUGAGUGUGUGUGUGUGUGUGUGUGAGAGAGAGAGAGAGGGACUAGGUUCAGAGCUGCAGAGAGCAAAGGAUGAAAACGCAAAGCUAGCUGGCCUCAUCAGUUGAAAUAAAUAAAUAUAUGAAAGAGAGUGAUACUGGAUGAUAAUUUCAGCCACGAUGAGGAAGAAGACAAAAAGGGUUUUCCAGUACUGCUUCAUCAUCUUAAUAAUGGAAUGCUUUCGGGUUUGUGCAACGUCAAUGAGGGGAGGUGUAGGAGUAGUGGUGGCGCAACAUGAGAAGGAAGAAGAAGAGACGCCGGUGAGGGGUAUGUCGCCGCCGGAGGGGAACACCACAUUCCUGGACGGAACAACGUGGUGCGUGGCGGUGCCGGGGGUGUCCCAGCGUGAUCUGCAGAAUGCGCUGGACUGGGCGUGCGGGCUGGGAAUGGCGAACUGCAACCCCAUCCAGGCCGGCGGAGAAUGCUUCCAACCCGACACACUGCUGUCCCACGCCUCCUACGCUUUCAACACCUAUUACCAGCAAAAUGGCAAUUCUGACAUCGCCUGUAACUUCGGCGGCACCGCCACCGUCACCAAGCACAAUCCAAGUUACGCAAAGUGUGUUUAUGCAGCACCUGGGUCUCAAAGCUCUUCAGCACCUCCACAGCAGCCAAGUUAUAAACUAGGCUUCAUUGGGUGGACUACAAUUGUUGCAAUCUCAGUGCUUUUGUACUUGAGAAGCUGAUACAUAUAUAUAUAUAUAUAUAUAUAUAUAUAUAGCUUUCUUGCACAUGAAGGUGAUCUUCAAUUCAUUAUAUAAUCUUUUGAGCUGUUCAUGAUUGGUACAAAGGACAAAAGGCUAAAGGAUUUAGAUCAACCUUCAUGGGCAGCAGCUAGAAUAAGACCUUGCUUGAUGUGCUUGGUUUGGCAUUUUUGUGACUCUGACUUUUUAGACAUUAAUGUUUCUUGGUCGCUGGGUUAGGAAUCUAUGGCAGAAUGCAAGCAUGGCAUCCUAUUCUCUCUUUCUUCUUCCCUCUCCCUCCCUCCCCCUUCACUUUUAUGAUUUUUAUUUGGGAUCAUAAUCCUAUAUUUUGAUUCACAGAAUAUUUAUUCUUAAGAGUAAAAUAAUUAUAAUAUAAAAUUUUAAUAAUUUAUAUAAAGUAAACAUGUUAUUAUCA